CCCGGUCAUCACAGGUAGCCGUAAACAUAGUAUACAGUGUAUAUGCAUAUACAUAUACCUAUCUAAAUACGUAUAUACAUAUAUUGACGCACGGCGCGUGUUCGCGAUACACGUUGGUAUAUUCACACGCGGUGGCAAGGUCUAUAUUUAAAAGGAAGGGUGGAAGUAGAACAGGAGCAAAAGGCAUAAAGUGAGCCAGUGGCGAGCAGGGUCACCGGAAAACAUCACCGGAAAUGAGUAAAAGAAGACUCGACUAAAGACGCAUAGGUUCCAGGACAUCCACGUAAUACCACGAGGAUGGAAUUAAAUCACGUUUACACCUGGCAGUUCAAUAUCACCUCCCAGGAGAUUUAAUGCUUGCAGAAGAGCACCAUGUAAUACCUGGUAUACCAUCCUAUAAAAAUAUUACUACGGUGGUUCCGUGCACUAAGAAUCUUUUGAUAUCUUGUAAUAAAUGCCAAAGCACAGGUACCGGUACCAUUAGGGCGCCGGAGGCAUCGAGGGCUCUCUCAUCCAUCGAUCUCUGAGCCGUUUAUCCAACAAAGAGGCGCAUCUAGCGUGGUAAAAGUCGCCCGGGUAGGAAUAGCACAAGCCAGCGAUGACACACGACUCGACAGUUUAACGACUCCAACAGGAACAUCGCGAGACAUCCGCUCUAGAAUAACACCCCCAGGGACCGGCAGACGAAAGGACCGACACCGACACGCAACUUCAAAUAAUAACAUCGCGAUACGCGACUAGAAGACGCACUCACACGGCGCCCAUCUUCAUUCAAGCUCCGCGACUGGCUUCUCUGAGGCUUCUGCUUGACGAAAGAUCGAGCCUCUGUUUGUAAUGUAAACGGACGCGUUCCUUGCGGCGAGCACUGGAAGUGGCUGCACCGGAGACUCGAAACUGAUGAGAAAGUUGGGUAGUGUAUGUUUUGCAUGUAACGUGGAACUGAAUUCUUAUAUGGAUUUCAGUGCUACCGUAGGAUCGGUUGAAUCGAAAUGAUUUAUAGGUUAUGCGGAACGACGCCUGCUGGAACGGUUGAAUAUAAUGGAUCCGUUUGAGCAAUAAACAUAGGUGGUAUCCAAGGACAAUGGUAAAGGGCUUUGUAAAUGUAUAGGGAAUUGGCGAGUGUGUUGUAGUCUGAUAAAAUCACGCGAGCUAGUCAUCUCAUGAGCGAAGUGAUAGAACAGUGGGGUUAAAGUACUAUGUUAUGUGUAAGAGAUAAAUAGAUAGACACUGUAGGUGGGUGGAAGAGAGGGAAUACUUAUUUGGUUUGUCACGCCAAGUGCUACCCUACACGACAGGGUGACCCGAAAAGCUGUUUGGUCGUGAUACAUGCUCAUGGCUGGUACGGAUUCUGGAGCACGUGGUAUUAGAUGUACGGAUGAUGUUUAGAAAUGCUAUAAUGUUGCUGAUGGUGUUGUUAACUCAUCAAUAACGGCAUCACUUCCGGUUCACUUUCGCGAACUCGGACCUUGGCUUUGCGUACUGGCGAACGGAAGUUACGCGAGCGUAUACUUGAAAUAGCUGAAGAACUUUUUUCUUUACGACUUGAAAACGUGUCUUUGGGAAAAUCGAGCAAAGCGUUAAGUCAGCUUAGAAUAACAUUCUCCAUUGCUGCUUGGUGCGAAGGUGGGCAGGAUGCGCUGCACGCACAGUUGGUUUCAAAUAAAUUGUGCCAUCCCGGAAGAGCUAUUGUAACGCAGUGGAUAGAGAGAUAGGAAUUAUUUAUUAGGGAAAUGACUUUGACUGGAGCCGAAGUCGUAGUACACACAGAUGUCAAUGAGGUCUCACUCACGAAUCUUAAGGUGUCCUCGAGUAAGGCUGGUGACAGUCGGGAACGGACGAAGAGAUACGGAUUCGACUACUGUUUCGAUUCGUCUGAACCUGAUUCUGAGAAAUAUGCUACCCAGGAGAAGAUUUACGAAACACUUGGGAAUUCGGUUCUCGAUGCAGUCUUUGCCGGUUACAAUUCUUGUCUUGUGGCUUACGGGCAGAGUGCUUCUGGGAAGACCUACAGCAUGAUGGGGCCAAAGGACGAUCCUGGCCUUACACCUCGACUGUGCGAGGGUCUUUUUAAGCGGAUUUUGAAUGAAGAAAAAAGUGAUAGAACCUAUCAAACGUCCAUCAGCUACCUGGAAAUCUAUAACGAGCGCGUACGGGAUCUUCUUAAACCCUCCUCGAGUUCCAGUGGACUCCGAGUCAGAGAGCAUCCUCGACUGGGACCUUACGUCCAGGGGCUGACACGUCACGCUGUUCGCACCCUGGGGUCGUUGAUGUCAUACGUGGAGGAGGGGAGCAAGGCCAGGAAGACAGCCUCGACUUUGCAGAAUCCUAGCAGCAGUCGUAGCCACGCACUCUUGACGGUAUCCCUGUCCCCGGAAGGUGAUAACGGCCAUCCUUCUAAUCCAACCGAGAAGCGGAAUAUUCCUCGGGGUAGUAAACUCCACUUGGUCGACCUGGCGGGCAGCGAGAGUGCUGCCACCUGCAGUGGAAUUCAUCGACUGAAGGAGGGUGCAAAUAUAAACAAGAGCUUGGUCGCACUUGGUAACGUCAUAUCUGCUCUUGCGGAAAGGGGCGCCACCGGAAGUGGACCUGGCAGGAGAUUCAUCCCUUACAGGGACUCGGCUCUCACGUGGCUACUAAAGGACGCACUUGGUGGAAAUGCGACGACCAUCAUGCUCGCCACUAUAUCACCGGCCAGUGGUAGCUACAACGAGACAGCGCAUACUCUGCGAUUUGCUCAGAGGGCACAGAGCGUGGUUAACAGGCCAGUGGUCAACGAAGAUCCCGUGGCACGAAUUAUUCGUGAGCUAAGGGCGGAAGUUGCCAGAUUGAAGUCCCUACUAUCCGAGAAGAGUGUUGAGACUGCUGAUAGAACCAUCUGUUGCUGUAAAACAAGCAGAGAAGAGGAUAAAGGUCCACAGGGUUUAGAAGAAACUCAAGCGUCCUAUGAGGAGGAAGCUGAAGAGGAUCGGAAGGAGAAUCAGAAGGAUAAUUCGAUUUUGGAGAAGAUCGGGAAUUUCUGGAAUAUAACGAAUUAUCCUAUUAGAAAGUACAAUUCCAAUGAAUCAUUGAUAGCGAGGGAUGACAUCACAUCGACGCCUCUUAGGCGAUAUGGAUCUCUAGAUGUGUUGGGAUCUGAAAGGGGAUUUAGGAAUCACGAUUACAAUCGCGCUAGUAUAUCGGAAAUCAUCAGUCACGAGGUUAACGAAUCGGUUUUCGUUGAUAUACCAACACUGGUGGCGGUUUUGAUUAAACCGGAUGACAGUUUGCAAGAUCAAUCGACGCAAAUCGAGGAAAUUUAUAGCGACGGUGUCCCGGAUCAUUCGGUUGACGUGGAUCUUCUAGAUCAAGCUAAUUUGGACGAAGUUCCUAGCAGUGACCUAUACUUGGUUCAUACUGGAAAACCAGAGGAAAGUGACAAUAUAGAAAAUUUAACAGAUUCUACAAAAUCAAAAUUCGAAAAUAUCAGUAACGAUACCAUUCAUAACGAUUUGUCAGCAUCUGACUUUUAUACGAGUGAAAGUACCAAGAUAAAAUUGAAAAAGCAAGAUUCUAUUGAUAUCGCACUCCCAGCUCGAAAAUCGACAAAUUUACAUACCUCGAAGAAAUUCGGCUCUGUUGAGGGACUACAAAAGAAACCUUUACCUUAUAACUUGCUACAAAGGUCUCACACGAGUUUAGAAAAACGUCCAGCAAAUUCUGAUAAGAUCAAAAAAUUGAAUAACAUCAAAGAAGUUGAAGAUCAAAAGUCAGCUAAACUUGGAAGUGUCGUACGUACCAUAGGAUCCUCUUUUGGUAAGGAUCUUCAGAGAAAAGUUAGUAACGACUCUGAUAAGAAUUGCAAGUAUAACAGUACAACGCAAAAAGCGAAAAAUUUGGUGAGGAAACAAAGUUCAGACAGUCUCAAACGAAAAACAAGUAAAGAUAGUAGUUCCAGCAGUUCUAAGGAGGAUCAAAUUAUCAUUUCCAAUCUAGCUAGAGAUAGACUUCGUAGAAAAGGAUCUCUUGAUCAAGAGACUUCAAUCCGUACUCACACACCAAUCCAACGAUCCAAUCGCAGAGCGGAAAUCGUUGCUGCUGUAACGCAGAGGCUUUACUCCAGUAAGAAGAACUCUGAAGAAAUCACGGCGACCGCAACAGGAUCCGAGUUCCGCUCCCCGGAGAGUUCGGAUGUCAAAAUGGCAUCGACUACGAGGAUGCGACUUCAAGAGAUCUCCAGGAAGAUGCUGGCAAAACGUCGGAGAAUCUGCGUAGAUACGCAGACUGAUAAUGUAGCGACAGUCCGCGUGAAGGAUUCUGCUUCGUUGACCGAUGACGUGCGGAUUUCCUGUAAGGACAUUGGUAUCCUGACAGAUUUCCAUGAAGAUUGUGAGAGCGUAUCUAGCAGUCCAAGUCCAGUUCUCCGCGUUAAAGAAAUGGCGACUUUGACCGAGAGAGAUAAAAGAUCUACAACUCGUUGUAAGGACAUUGCUACUCUCACUGAUGAUUAUGAGGAGGAUUUUGGUAUGCAUUCCUCUCGUAAUGAUUCUGGAAUUUUAUCUGACGACGCGAUGAACUACGCCGAGAGUAAUUUUUCUUGUGGUGAAACGUCGGAUCUUUGCGCUGAUGCAAAAAGUCGCUGCUGUACGCGGAACGUCGAAUUCACAGAGAAUUCCACGAACACGCUUGAGACCCCUGAAACUCCUGGUGUGUCUGUUCAGACUGGAAUAGAGAUAGAAGAAAAGAGGAUCAUUAGUAAGAAUUGUACAAGUCAAUGUUGCCACAAGGUUCGAGAAUGCUGUGGUGUACCCAUUAUUCGUAACGUUGAAAAAAAUGUAAUAUCCAUAUCAUUACCAAUUGAUAAGAUUAGUAUAACCAUUGAGUCACCUAAUACAUUCGAGUCAAAGAUCGCUAUUGUUGAGGAUUCCGCGACUACAGAAAAGAUGAAGCCUGGUUUAAAGGAUUCCGAAGUACAGACUGAAUUGAAGAAGGCCUUGGAGAAAUCUACCUAUACGGAAGAAUUUAAUAAUACUAUAUUCUUUAAUGACAUUUCCAUAUCCAGUAAACCAAGUCAAGGCGAUGGUAAGACCUUCAGAAUUGAAAACAUCUUUCAGGAUCCCAGAAGUUCCGGUAAGAGCUGCCCCAGGAUUGAGAUCCUGCCGGAUCUUACAGAUAACGUGUCUCUGAAAAAUUCUCUCAUCCUUACUAACUCCGUGGGCACGUCCUUCGUCCCGGAGACGAGGGAGAGCAGUACGGAAAUGGAAAGGGAGAAUAAUCGCGAGGAUAGAUUUCUGAGUUUUUUCAGGACUCCUCGAAGAAGGUCCUUGAUGAAUGAGCGAUUAAAUCACAAUGCUCGCUGUGCCAAGAGACGUAGUUUAAGUCUAAGUCCUAGACGAGCUGCUUGUACUCCUGGAAAAUGUAAUUAUAUUCUCCCCGACUCCUUAUCCAUACAGAAUCCUGUCAAAGGAAUACAGCUGACAACCUGUGGCGCAAAAUUCGACAUGGACUCAGUGUUGAGACAGGACUCGAAUUGUUCGAUGUCUGCGAAUGAUAAACUCACCCCUUUUGAAAAUCCCGGGACAAUUAACUCAUUGAAACCACUGGAGCAGCCUCAGUGCGCGAACAUAAAUUCAACGGAUGGUACCCUGAAGGAAGGUAAACUUGCCCAGAAGGUUGUUGAGGACGGCGUCUAUUCAAAAACCAAGGCCGACAUCGCAGGAUUGAAGUCGCCUGUCUUAGUCGCAAGGAUGGGUGAAAGUAGUCACGAUGCCGACCCCAACUUUUCCGACGACAGCUUAGAUUUAAACGAGUCGAGUGUCGGGAAUAAUAACAGGGAAAUGAAGUCGGAAGGAGGCGAUGGCGCUGAAGGAAAUGAGAACUUUUGCCCGCCGGACGUCGUCGCGCAUACCAAAAAGGAGAGCCCCAGGUGUUCUAGUCAGACGGAAGAAAUCGAACCGUCAAACGCGGCUCAAGACUUUGAGGACAACACUGUAGACUUUCCUAGGACGAAACCAUCUCUUCUGAAGGAUAAUCAGAUACACGACUACAAAUCUCUGAUUCUUGGCAAUGGCUACCUUGUCACUGCUGACACUGAACUUGCAGAUGCUCAUGGAGGCACUGGUUCUGAAAAUAAAAACAGUUGUUGCACAGCUAAGAAGAAGGUAUCCUUCUCAAGUUCCGAACUUGUCAAGGACGAAUCUCCGCAGUCUACUUCAAAGUACUCGAGUCCCGGGCCUAAAUCGAUAAUCAAGAAGAAGAGUGAUAAUCGGGAUGCUUCGAAAGUUCCUAGGGAGAGUUCUCUUAGGAAAUUUUUGUCCCCGUUAAAAAAGCAAGAAAUGAAAAUCUCUAAAGUUCCAGAAUAUUCCAUACCUCAUGAAAAAUCCAUGGAGAUGGUAUGUAGUUCAGACCCGGCGGAGUCCGAUCAUCCUGUUAGGAAUAAUCGAGAGUCGGAAUGUAAAAAGGUGAGAUUCUCGACAAGUGAACUUUUCGAGGAAACAGCCAGUGACUCCGACAGUUAUGGGGAUGUUGUCAGCGACGAGGAGACCAGCAACAAGGAAGCUCAGAUAUUCGCGGAAUACCUGGACGAGGCUGUAGCCUUUAUGCGCAACUUGAACUCUAUGAAUGAGUACAUGAGUGCCAGUAAUAUCUUCGGCAAGUUCCUCGGGCAUGGAGAGUACAAAUGCUGCGAUUCGAAUGACCUGGAUGAUUACGUGAUCUAUAAAGGUCGCAAGGUAAGCCUUAGGGAUGAUACCGACGAGUUCCUCAAGGACGAGGACUUUGAGAUUCCCACCGAGUCCUAUGAAAAUUGUCUGAGAGGCAUUGAGCGACUGGAAAGUUGUAUUGAAAGAACUGAGCGACACGAUAAGCUACUUCAUGAGAAGUAUGGUAUCAAGAUCGAAUCUUCUGAUACUAAAUCUGGUUUAGUAGAAUCUAGUACAGAUUCGACGGGCCCGAGCCUUGGUAGGUCCUCGACCACUAGAAACUUGGACUUGCCGAUCACUCGAGAAUCAAAGCCUUUUAAUAUGGAGGAGUCAGAUUGCAACGAUAAGUAUAACUAUAUAUUGGACAAUGAAUCUCGCAUUAAUAAUAAUUUUAAUAAAAAUUUAGAUGAUUUGGAAGAGAGGAUAUUCAAUCAUUUAAUGGAUGCUGCAAAUCCUGAUCGAUGUAACACAGCAACGAAACCACGAUUGCAUCGUAGUUCUAAAGUGUCUUAUACAAAAUCAAAAAGUCCAGCAUCCUAUUCAAAAAUUCGUAAAAAAUAUGGCAACGGAUCUCGUGAGCCUUUGGUCAAAAAAGGUUCUUCCUCGUCGUAUACGAGGGAGCAGAGUCCUAGAUUGUACAGUGAUUUUACGAUAGGCGAAUCAAAGGAUCUCGUGACGCCUGAAUGUUUUUUAUUUAUGCCGCCGUCUAUGAAUAACGAUCGAUCAUCUAGAAGGACAGGGAAUCAGAAGGUCCUACCUAAAAUGGAAUCAUCCUAUGAUGCAUGCAGUUCAAGCGAGAAUAUUGCAGCCAGCACAGAAUCCAUCGAUACUGCGUCAGGCUCGACCAAAGAGAAAUUAAAGUAUCCCGGAAGUCCUAGAGCAAAGUUUUUGCAACUAUUAAGCGAAAGACGAAGGAUCGUUCAGGAUAGUAGGACUUCUGAUACCUAUUGAAAACUAUGAUAAAUCGUGUGUCCAUUUCAAAGUCACGGGGAAUCAAUAAUCAUUAUUCUCGAUUUUUUAUUUGCUUCAACUAAAAAACAGACUGUAACGGAGAUAACUAUGAGGAUUCAAGUGAUUACAUGCGAGGAAUCUCUCGAAAAUGUACGAAUCGUGUUAAAUGAUUAUGAAAUACAUUGUAUAUAGGAUAAAAAUGAUUGUAGCUGAUUUUAUAAUAAUUUAACAGAUAAUACGUAUAAAUUGCCUUCCUUCGUAAUAAUCAUACUUGUUCUAUCUUGGCUUGCAUACUGUGUAACCCGUGUGUUUUCUGAUAUUAAACAAAGGAAUUCCUAAGUCAUUUUCUUAAUAUUAUUUAAUUCAUUUAAAAUCCUCAGGAAUACAGAUUUUACAUUAGGUUAGUUGUUUGCGAAUCGUUAUAAUGAAAACAAAUUGUAUAAAUUAAAAAAUAUUCUCCCUUA